ACCAUCACUUCAGUGCACAACCGAGGCGACUGCACGUUGGAGGUGACUGCGCAGAGUGCAUUCAAUCAGAGACUUGGAAAACAAAUGAGGACACAAGGGUACAAAGAUUGGAUGCGAUUUCCAAAGACUCCGAACAUGCCAGAACGAGGCGACGGGCCUCGUUGCAAAGUCUUGCUCGACAGCAACGGUCCUUGGACUCGCGUCCUCAUCAUGUCCGUUCACGAGUCUAUCGAUGGCCAUGUCGAGACGGAAGAAUACGUCUGCCUCAUGCCGCGGUGCUAUGCAAUCCCCCUCAUGAUGAUUAACAAGGCUGUAGCUUUCUACGAGUCUCUGCGGCAACCCAACGGAUUCGCCAUUGACUUUCCUGCCAAGGAGAAGGGUCUCAGUCUCACAUGGAGAAACAUGCGUGAAUACACGUACAUCUGGCGUCUGCGGCAUGCCUUCCUCGAUGCGAUAUACGCUGCAAAUCACCAAGAAGUGCUGGAUGAGAAUUGGCGCUGGAAAAAGAUACACGGGUAUUUAUAUCGAGAGUACUCGAAGUACGGCCACACCCGCUCACAGCGAAGACUCUACCGCGAUGAUGAGAAGGCGAAAGGCCGGACCCCUUACACAGUGCCGGACGUGAGCGAAAUGAAUUGGAAAGCGGCGCUUGACGAAGACAGAAAACGUAAGAGAUGGCGAUCGUUUCUGUGGCGGCAUGUGAGCCAGGGGUACGACAGCUUUGGAGAAGAGAACGUGAGGCUGUGGCUAGAAUGGCCCAAAAGCAAGUGUUUUUCUGUCGGGGACGAUUUAGAGUAUGA